AUGAUGAUUCCUAAAUACGACUAUUGUAUUUAUGGAGGUUCAUUUAAUCCCGUAACCGUGGGUCACAUGCUAGUGCUAAACGCAGUAUACUCCACUUGCGUUGCCAAGGAAUACCUAAUCAUGCCAUGCAAUGUGAAUGAUCUGAAAAAACAUCUUGUAGACCCUAUCCAUAGGAUAAAUCUAUUGAAUAUCGCAUUAAAGCAGAAUUUCCCUGGGGCCGACAACAUAUCGGUCACCGAUUUUGAGACAAAAUACGAAGGACCUAGCGAAAGUUACAUAACGCUACAAAGGCUAAGGGACGAAUAUCCUGGAAAAUCAUUUGUAUUUAUAAUUGGAAGUGAUGUAUUGCAUCAAAUGCCAAAAUGGCCAAUGGGAUUACAAUUUGCCCAAAAUGCGGAUUUUAUCAUUGCAACCCGAAAUGGAUAUCCAAUCGAGGAUAGUGAUUUAGCUAUACUCAAUAAGUAUUACUUGUUAGAUGAUUUGUUAAGGGAUGCAAACAAAAAAAACAAAACAUCUAACGCAUCAUCCACAGAGGCAAGGAGGCUUAUUUCUAUUGGUGAUAGAAUGCGAUUGAGUGAACUUCUGACUGAUGACGUAAUAAAAUAUAUUGAUGAUAAAAAACUUUAUGUGUAA